AUGGCUGCGAACACCAGCUAUGGCACGGACGAUGCUCCGGACGAUCAUACAUCCCAAACAAAUGGACUCACCACGGUCGCAAAUGGGCAAAACAAGGCAAAUGACGAAGAAAGUCCUUUGCUUUCACAGUCAGGUUCCCCAGAUGUCAAGAAGAGUGCUCUAGCGGGCAUAGGCACAAUCAUUGCGGUUCUCUUGCUCGGCGAAUUCGUUUCCAAUGCCGAUGCCACUCUAGUUAUGGCCGCCGCUGGCCACAUUUCCUCCGAGUUCAAUCGACUUCGUGAUGCGAGCUGGCUCGCUACUGGAUAUAUGCUGGGUCUCUGCGCCGUACAACCGAUGUACGGCAAACUUAGCGACAUCUUCGGUCGCAAACCUCUGUUAUUGGUAUCAUACUUUUUGUUUGGAGUCGGUUGCAUUAUCAGCGGCAUUGGCUCGCAGAUGUGGACGGUCAUUCUCGGUCGUGUGAUUAGUGGCAUGGGAGGCGGCGGGUGCAUGACAAUCAGUUCAGUGAUCAUUACGGAUAUUGUUCCCAAGCGCGAAGUCGCGUCAUGGCGGGCCUAUAUCAACAUAUCCAUGACGCUCGGCCGUAGCAUCGGUGGCCCCUUGGGCGGAUGGCUUAGUGAUACUAUCGGAUGGCGAUGGCUUUUCCUCCUCCAAGCACCAUUAUUUGCCAUUGCCGCUGUUCUAGUAAUCGCCAAGCUUCAGGUUGAUCAUGCCACAAAACCAGCGAAGCACGAUACUCUAUCCCAGCUUCGCCAGAUCGACUUUCUGGGUAUUGCUCUGCUCGGCACGUCGAUAGUGGCCGUCACCGGUCUACUAGACCAAGGUGGAAAGACAUUCCCCUGGCGAUCCUGGGUGACCGUGGUUGCCGGUGGUGGAGGACUUACGCUACUAAUUGGAUUCGUUCUUGUGGAAGCCUACGUCGCGAAAGAUCCCAUUUUCAACUUGCGUAUUCUGCGCCGACCUAAUGUGGCCGCUAGCUACCUCAUCGGAACUCUACAAAUCACGGCACAACUGGGCAUGUUAUUCUCGAUUCCGCUGUACUUCCAGGUGACGCAGCGUGCCUCGGUCACGGUCGCUGGUGGCCACUUGGUCCCUACUGUCAUCGGUAAUACGCUGGGUGGGCUUGUUGCCGGCGGCUUCAUCCGUCGCACUGGAUAUUACAAAAAUCUACUUGUUCUGGCCAGCUUAAUUUCGUCGAUAUCAUAUGUGCUGCUCUACUUCCGGUGGAAUGGGGACACCGGAUUCUGGGAGUCCCUGGACAUCAUCCCCGGCGGCGUGGGAACUGGUAUUGCUUCAGCGGCUGCAUUCGUUGCUAUGACUGCUUCACUGCCUGCAGAAGAUAUCGCCAUGGCCACCUCGGGUUACAUGCUGGUGGUCAGCUUUGCCAUGACAGCCGGAGUUACAAUUUCUAACAGCGUCUUGGGUCUUGAGUUUCAGCAGCAGCUUCGUCGCAAUCUUCACGGCCCUAGCUCAGAGACAAUUAUUAAACGUGCAAUGGCGGAUACUGAUUAUAUUGCCCAUCUGACCGGCAACCUCCGAGAGAUUGUGGUCGAAUGCUACCUGGCAGGCCUUAACCACACAUAUCUUGCCUCCCUUGGGUUUUCCCUUGUUGCCGCAUUCUUUGGCUUGUUCAUCCAAAACCACCAACUAUAG